AUGGCUGAUGUUUUCCGAGGCCUAAACCUGCUGGAGACCCUGAAAGAGUCAAUCGAGAGCAACCAAUUAUCUGACGUCAAGGACACAGUGGAAGAUCUCCUUAUCAGUAGGAUCAAUGUAGCUAUAGUGGGUGAUCGUGGAGAUGAAAAGGCCUCCCUUAUAAAUGCUCUCCGUGGCUUUGGUCCUGAGGAUGAGGGGGCUGCCGUGUCACCGUCGCCAACUGCUCCGGAGGAACUGGCUUUCUACACCAACCCUAAGCACCCGGACUUCCGCCUCUGGGAUUUGCCACCCAUCUCAACCAGUUCUCCCUUUGACCCAGAAGAAUACAUGAACAGAGUCAAAUUCCUGCGCUACAAUGCUGUGCUCAUGACAUUCACACAGACUCCCCACCCCAACAGUGUGGCAAUUUUCUUGGAGGCCCGUUCAGUGCAGCGAGAAACGGUGUACUUUGCUCUGUUAGCUUCAAAAAAUGACACAGAAAAGAGCCUGGAGAGCAAAAGGAAAGCAAGUCUAGAGGUGCUUAAGUCAGAGGGGGUGACUCUGCCUAAAGUCUACCUAGUAACACCUUCCACUUUGGAGAAGUUUGACUUCCCUGCCCUGCUGGAGGACAUGGGCCGGGACCUCCCAGAGGUCCGGGCCAACUCACUCCUCCUGGCACUACCGAUACUAACCUCCACCCUGGUUGCCCAGAAAAGGGACGCUUUCAAGGCAUUAGUAUGGGCAGCCGCAUCACUCUCUGGUGGAGUGUCGACUAUCCCUCUUCCCCUGGUGGCCUCCAUGGUGGACUCCAGCAUUGGAGUACGUAUCCUAACCAAAGCGCGGUUAUCACUGUGUCUGGACGAUGAGUCAAUUGAGAGGUUGGCUCGACAACGUGGUUGGGAAGUGGCAGAACUCAAAGCUUUGCGGACUUGCGUCCUGUCGGUGGAAGUCACCAAAGGAGAAGUCAAAAAGCGGCUGGCGGCUGCUGAAAAGGACGUGGCCACGGUCUCCACCAGACUGGUGGAGAUGGCUAUGCCCAGGCACGCCCGCUCUGCAAGCCGCUCCUUCACCGCAAUGCUACAGGCCCUGAAUGGCGCUAUCGAUGAGAUGGGAGCUGAUGCUGAGAAGAUGUUGGCUGCUGCCAUUGGGGUGGGGAAGUGA